AUGAACCUGAAAGCUCGCCCAGUUUCAGAUCCGAUUCCGAACGGGGCGGUUCAAGUUCCCAAGCCUGCGGAAACGGACCCGGACCCGGUGUGGGGCCUCCCAGCCGGGCUGCCAAUUCGGCGGCUGAACGACGAGAAUCUGGUCAUCUUCCGUCGCGCGGUGGGUAUCAACAGUACCCUAGCUGGAUCGACAGACCCGGAGUCCUUGGAGGAGGGACGAAAAAAGGCCGUGGGCAUCUACGCGGCUGCGCUGAGGGCGCAGAGGCGCAAGAAGUUGAUGUACCGGCUUAUUGGGUUUCUGAUUUAUGUGUGCCAUUUUGCGCAGAUUAUUAUUGGGGCUUCACUGACGGCUUUGGGGCCGAGUGCAGGCGACCAUGUGAUCGCCAUCACACUCCUCGGUGCCAUCAACACUGUUGUUGCCGGCGUGCUGGCCUUGAUCAAGGGUCAGGGCCUGCCAGACCGGCUGUACCAUGACCAGGCAGAGUAUCGCAAACUUCAAGACUGGAUCGAACAAACCGAAGCCUUGCUCGCCGUCGGCGUCAUUGGGCGAAACAGAAAAGAGGUCGGCCUGUUGGUGCAGGUUGCUUUCAAGAAGUACAACGCUGCCAAGGAGUGCGAAGAAAGCAACACCCCUGAGAACUACUAUGUUCGUCAACCCGAUGGGGACUCGCCAGAUAGAGACUCGCGGAGUCCAUCUCAGGCCGGACAUCGGCGGCGGUCAUCCAGCGAUGAUGAUUGA